UCUAAGACUCCAAACAAUUCAUCAGGUCACCAAGAUCCAGUCGAGGUGUGAGCUGUAUUGUUGUCAGCACCUGGAGGCCUCUGGACAAGCGAGUGGUCAUACAGAAGGACUUCUUUUCCCUAAUCAAGAGUCAGAAUGGGGGCCGGGGGGAGCGCUGAGGACAAACACUCCAGGGAGCUAGAGAAGAAACUGAAAGAGGACGCCGACAAAGAUGCCAGGACCGUCAAACUUCUGCUGCUAGGUGCUGGUGAGUCGGGGAAAAGCACAAUUGUCAAACAGAUGAAAAUUAUUCACAAAGAUGGUUACUCCCUUGAAGAGUGCUUGGAGUUCAUUGUCAUCAUCUACAGCAACACCAUGCAGUCGAUCCUGGCCAUUGUGAGGGCCAUGAGCACACUCAACCUUUCCUAUGGAGAUGCUGCUGCACAGGAUGAUGCAAGGAAGCUGAUGCACUUAGCAGACACCAUCGAGGAAGGCACCAUGCCAAAGGAGCUGUCUGACAUCAUCCUGAGGCUGUGGAAGGACUCAGGCAUCCAGGCGUGCUUUGACAGAGCCUCCGAAUACCAGCUCAACGACUCUGCCGGAUACUAUCUGAAUGACCUGGAGAGGUUGGUCAAGCCUGGCUAUGUCCCUACUGAGCAGGACGUCCUGCGAUCAAGAGUGAAGACCACCGGUAUCAUCGAGACCCAGUUCUCCUUCAAGGACCUCAACUUCAGGAUGUUUGAUGUGGGCGGUCAGCGCUCAGAGAGGAAGAAGUGGAUCCAUUGCUUCGAAGGUGUGACCUGUAUCAUCUUCAUCGCUGCUCUGAGCGCAUACGACAUGGUGCUGGUGGAGGAUGAUGAAGUGAACCGAAUGCAUGAGAGUCUCCACUUGUUCAACAGUAUCUGUAACCACCGUUACUUCGCCGCCACCUCCAUUGUACUCUUCCUCAACAAGAAGGACGUCUUCUUGGAGAAGAUUAAGAAAGCUCAUCUGAGCAUGUGCUUCCCCGAUUAUGAUGGUCCCAACACCUUUGAGGAUGCUGGUAACUACAUCAAGAUGCAGUUCUUAGAUCUGAACUUGCGACGAGACAUCAAAGAAAUCUACUCCCACUUGACCUGUGCCACAGACACAGAGAACGUCAAGUUUGUGUUCGAUGCCGUAACAGACAUUAUCAUCAAAGAAAAUCUCAAAGACUGCGGUCUCUUCUAAACAAGCAAUGUGUGGGAAGAGUUGAUUAUAAUAUAAUAUCAUAAAUAUUAAGUAGUAAUAGAAGAAUAGUAUUGCAUUAUGUUGUUGUAGCAUAUUAAAUUGCGCUACAAUUUCUGUAUGUGCAAAAUUUAAAAGUCUUUCUUCGUUUACAGAGCGGCUUAAUCAACAAAACCCAAUACUGACCCAUUGCCCCUUGUAGCCUGUUUUUCUCCCUGGGUAAUAAGGAAUUCUCCAGUGCGCACCCACAUAUACAAAUACGUGAGGGAACUGAAUUGAUUAAAUCUUGAAGAUGAAAGUAUAUAGUUGUUGGGAUCUACACUUGAUUAAACACACUGCAUGUAAUUAAAUAUCAGAGCCUAAUAUAUAUUCAUAGCAGCAAGUCAUACAUACCAACACAUAUAUGAGGUGUGUUCGGCUCUAUUAGUUUUUUUUUUUGCAGUGAUCUGUCCUGUAGAUUUACGACUACACUUCACACAGCUGUAAACCAAAUAACCGUCCUUCUGAAACACCUGCAUAUGCACUUCAGCAUAAUGUUUUGCAAGAGUACAUUAUGAAGCAUUUCAGUUAUACGUUAUAGCAGUUACUGCGUAAAGUUCAGACAUUUAAGCUGAUUGAGAAAAGUUUCGACUUGACUGGGAUACAAUGUUCUAUAUAUUUAGGAGUUAUAUCAUGUUAUGUAUGUCCCAUCAGAAUCUCUAUGUAAGAUGGAUGACUUCGAUGAAAAAAUAGCAUGUAUUAAGUUGUUUAGCUCAGGAGCAGCUAGCUGAGAGACAGAGAACACAAUUUUUGAGUGCAUUGAUAAAAAUACAACAGCAAAUAUUGAUUAAAAUGACACAAUUGACUGCAAAACCAUAAACAACCAGGCAAAUGUAAACUGAAUGAAUAAAGCUUCUGUAGAAAAGACUGAA